UACCAUUUCAGUUCACCAUCUAAGCUACGUUAGUUUCGCGGAUAGAGUAUAUUUGCAAACUCUCAAUAUGUCAUGUCAAUUUUGUGUUUUCCCGUUAAUUAAGUGACAUUAUAUUUAUAUUUUACGCGAUGUUUUAAUCAGAGAAGACAUUUAUGAAUUAUGGUUUUAUGUUGUAAAGUAGAUUAAGUAGUAAAUUGUUAUAAAACGGUACACUGUGUGUAUUUAUUCACAUUGAGUAUGCAUGAUUUCAUUUAGUUUGUUGGUGGCAAAAUGUCCACGUCAGAGUCUGGUGUGGGAUGUAUUAGCGAAGUUACACUUGCAAUUAGUAAAGCAAGGGGUUCCCAAUCAGGCACUGUGAGAGUACUUGAUAGUCCGGACUCUGAUGGAUCUGGCCAUUCAAAUUCCUUUACCGUACAAAGAUUUAAUUAUCUUGACAAUGAUAAUGCAAAUCCAGAUAUUUUACAUCCACCACUGACUACUGAUGACUUAAGAAUACCAAUAGUUGGAUAUGAAAUUAUGGAAGAGAGAGCUAGAUUUACGGUUUAUAAACUACGGGUAGAAUUAAAGAAUGGGGACUGUUGGUUUGUAUUCAGAAGGUAUACAGACUUUGUUCGUUUAUUAUCACAGUUGAGAAGACAAAAAAUUCCCAUUUCACAAUUAAGUUUACCCAGAAAGAAAUGGCUUGGAGAUAAUUUUGCUCCAAGCUUUUUAGAAGAAAGAAUACGUGGUCUUCAAGCGUUCGUUAAUGCAAUAUUGAGCAGUCCUCUCCUCAUUGGCACUGCAUGUGUCAGAGAAUUUUUUUGCUUGGACGAGCCACCUGCUUUAUCCGACACUGCAGAAGAAUCUAGAGCAAUAUUUGAAGCAUUAGAAGAUACUAUAUAUCAUUUAAGACAGCAAUUGAGAGAAAGAGAUGCUGCACUUGCAUCUGAAAGGUCUUUGUGCAAUGAGCUUAGGAAAAAACUACAUCAACUAUUAAGUGAAAGACAAACCUGUCCAAAAUGUGGUGCAACUUAAUAACAAUUGUUAAUUAAUGUUGAACUAACAAGUUGACAUUAGUAAAAUAUUAUAUACAGACUGGAGUAAAUAGACAAAUUUGGUUUUUAUACUUUAAGAAUUAAUUUUACUGUAUAAGAUUCGUUUAUAUUUUUACAACUUCAAUAAUUGUUAUACUAAAAUUAUCUGUUAAAAAUUAAUACCUGUUAAAACAAAAAUAAUCUACUUUAUAUGUUCAGUUAUGCAUUUUUGAUUAUACAUAGUUAUAUACAAGACAAGUUGAUUAUUAUGUAAAGUGAUAUGUAUAAGAUUUCUUAAGAUAAUAAGUACAUUGAGCUUUCCUAGCAAUAACCAUAACUUCAUAAAUGCCUUACAAGGUGCCUUACAGUUAUAAUAGACAGAUACAUAUAUGUAUUUAGUAUAUGUAAUGAGUCAAAA